UUCUCCAAGGAAGCGACUACGGAAAUUAGGAUGGCAGGUCCUCUGGUAAAAGCAGCUGUCCUGCUGGGAGUGGUGUGUGGAGCUGUGGCUGAUGGAAGCUAUGCUUCCCGCGGUGGAAACUUUGGAGGUGGAGCUGUUGGAGGCGGCUUCUCCGGAGGAGCAGGAGGUUUCGUAGGAGGAAGCAACUUUAUUGGGGGAGGAGGAGCAGGUGUUGGGGGAGGCAGCUUCAUCGGAGGAGGCGGAGGCCAUGGCGGCUUCGGCGGUGGCAGAGUUGAAGCAGGUCACCUCGUUGGACAAGGUGUAUUCCCUGCUGGAGGCGCCGGCUACUCCGGAGGUGCUGUUAGCGGUCAUGGUGGAAGUGCUUUCGGAGGCUCCAGUGUGGGAGGUUUCUUCGGAGGUGGAAGCUCUUUCGGAGGCUCCGGUGUGGGAGGUUCCUUCGGAGGCCCUGUUGGUGGAGUAUCUUCCGGACGCGUUAGUGGAGGAUACGGCCGAUAACCGCAGUCUUUAAGAAUAGGGAAAGAAAUGACGCAUAAACGAAUAAAUAUCGUCCUAUGAUUUGCUAUCAUUCCCCACAUACACUACCAUUACUGAGUCUGUUUAAAGAAUUUGCAGAUAAUUCUUCUUGAUUACAGUCUAAUCAGUCUAUUACAAUACAAAACCUAAUUAUAUAAUGGAUGAAAGCUUUGUGAUAUCAUCAGUAAUAACGUAAUAGUCUAUGGCAAAUUGUGAAUCAUGCUAACUAUAAAAGAAAUGGAGACAGUAACGUCUGAAGCACCCAGUUCUGUAAAUGAAUAGAUAAAUAGGUAAAUAA